CACCCUCCCACGCACUGCUUCUGUCUCUCUCCAGCGUUGGUUUGGGUACAACAUGUCGGGCGGCCAUGCGGUCUGGAGGCCGUUCAAGGUCAACGGGGAUUUCACGAGAUGCACGGUGUGCAGGCAGCGCUUUUCUGACGAGGAGCGGGUGCAGGCGAACCCGCCUACUCCGGAGCAACCGGGAUGGAAGAACAUACGGUGCUACCCCGGCUGCGCGCAGGCCGCCAAGUCUCGCGUCCCGAGCAAAGGAAAGGUGCCCCCCAGGCCCAUCAUCUUCGGCAAUCAGUUCGCCACGACUCGCUGCUGCCUGUGCAACAACCGAAUCGCGGUUGGUGCCAGGAUGAAGGCCACCAAGAUAGGUCACACGUGGCACGACAAGAAGCACCACCCGAGCUGCACCCAGGCCCCUUCUUCGCGUCCUAGCGGUGCCUCUGCCAGCGACUCUGGGUUAGGCGGCAGCGGCGGCGGGUAG